AUGGCUUUCAAGCAUACGCCCUCGCUGGUUCUUCUGCUUCUAUGUUCUGCGCUGGCUGCGAACGCUCUUCAUUUCUACUUGGACGCAAACGAGAAGAGGUGCUUUAUUGAGGAAUUGCCAACAGAUACUGUAGUCGAAGGCCAUUACAAGGCUUUGGAGUGGUCAGAGAAACAGCAAUCAUACAUCUCGGAUGAGAAUCUGGGCAUACACGUUGAAGUAGAGGAAGUAGAAACUGGCCACACGGUCGUUAAAAGUAAGGGUCCGUCUGAAGGCAAAUUCACAUUUACCUCGCACGACGCAGGCGACCACUCCAUCUGCCUCUCCACGAAUUACACAUCUUGGUUUUCCUCUACCCACAUCCGCCUCUAUCUUGAUAUCGUGGUCGGAACCACACGUCCUGAUACCGAGCAUGAUAGGACGCAUGUCUCUGAGAUAGCGGCCAAAGUGCGAGACCUCAAUCAAAAACUGGAGGACAUUCGUCGGGAGCAGCAAUACCAGCGGGAAAGAGAAGCAGAUUACAGAGAUUUAAGCGAAAUGACAAACUCUCGCGCGGUUUGGUACAGUGUCGUGCAGAUUGUGGUGCUCAUUGUUACAUGUGUUUGGCAGUUAAGACAUCUAAAGAACUUUUUUGAGGAUCGAAAAUCGAGAUAG